CAUGCCAGAUGUUAGCCAACCUCAAGCUCGUGGUGCCACAUAACGCACCUCCGGCAAAGUCUUCCGACCUCUUCUUCCGCGGCGAGCUGUGUGGUCUGAUCAUAUGCGCAUGCUGGCUAACGUCGUCCCGACAGAGAUCCUAAUUCAACCACACCACGCUAUACCCCGCAAACGGACCUGAAUGUCCAUCUUGGAGACAAAUCCGGGGAAUGUUCCGGGCCUCCGUACGUACGGAGGACAUCCGCGGGACGCCCGCCGGUCGUCGCGGAGUUGCGGAGGUACGUCUCUGACGUACGUGACAGGUAUGACGGCUCCCGUCCGUUCGCGUGCCUCCCAGGCCAGCGUAUCGAACACAACGUGUGUGCGACGCCUACGCACCCCUUCGUGGCGUCGCCCUAGCCUUCCCGGGCGCACACGGGACCGCCUCGUUGACGAUGGAGAUUCGUGCGUCGACAGUCCGGGCCACUAUUGCAAAGAUGCUGAGCAGCGGCGCGGCGGGGGAAGAGGCAGUGGACGAGUCAAUGUGGGUGCGGACGGGGCUAAUCAAUCAGGCUUACCUGAUAGGAUCACGACCACACGCCAACGUCAACUCGUAUGCCAGACGCAGGCAUCCGGGAGGCUGAAUUGCGAUACAGUCCAGAUGAGGCUCUGGAGACUAAGCCGUCUGGGCGCACAUCUUCUCCGUUCGGAGAGCAGCUGGUGCUCAAGCUCAAGCUCAAGACACAGGCCCCUCCUGAAUGUUGAACCACUACUGUACAGCGGCGACGAUCCAAGGAGCCCCACCUGGGUCAGACCACCGAACCACAAAAAGACCGUGACGGAGAAACACCUCAACUAUCAUCCAACCGUAUGGCCUUACGGCGCAUCCGCUGGCUUCGCGAUGGACGUUUGCCCGACCAGUCUUCUAAGUCCACACGGCGCGAGUCGAAUCUGGGAAUGCGGGUGGCCGACAUGGUUAUGUGCGGCGUUCCUGUAGGGAGCGUGAUCAACGGAUGGCUUCGCGAGGUAGCUGGUGAC